UUAGUUAGUAAGCGUCUGCUGUGGUUUCAGGCUUACAGCGCUUUCCCAGGUCAGCCUGCUGCAGAAGCGGCACUUUACGAACGACACGCCGGUGAACUGCAGCCCAGUUCACUCACAUCCAGAACCAAAUCAGCUUCAGCGGAAAAGUGUUACCAUCAGCUUCAAAUCAUCGGUUUUGUCCCAGCCAUGGCUGCUGUGAACGUGUACUCGACUUCAGUGACAAGUGAAAACCUCAGCCGCCAUGACAUGCUCACAUGGAUAAACGAGUCUUUACAGAUGAGCCAUGCCAAGAUCGAGCAACUGUGCUCCGGUGCUGCUUACUGUCAGUUCAUGGACAUGCUGUUCCCAUCAUGUAUUCCACUGAAGAAAGUCAAAUUCCAGGCCAAACUUGAGCACGAAUACAUCCAUAACUUCAAACUCCUUCAAGCCAGCUUCAAAAAGAUGGGAGUUAGCAAAAUUAUUCCUGUUGACAAGCUUGUGAAGGGCAAGUUCCAGGAUAACUUUGGUAAUGAUAGUUGGGCCAUCCCCUUUAGUGAGAAAGAAUAUGAUCCGGUGGCAGCUCGACAGGGACAAGAAAUGCCCACCAAUCAGAGUCCAGCAGCAGCUACAGCUAACAAACCAAAGAAACCCAGCUCAGACACAGGCAUCACACCUGCAGUCAAGCCAAUGGCCCCUGUUGCUCCACAGCGUUCAGCCACAACACCUAAAUCUGCACCAAAAACAGCUCCAGCUGCAACACGAGGCACAGCAACAGGCGGCGGUGAUGAAGAGAAGGGAGCACUCACUCAGAUGAUAAAUGACCUGAAGGCCACUAUUGCUGACAUGGAAAAGGAAAGGGAUUUCUACUUUGACAAACUGAGAAACAUCGAGCUCAUCUGCCAAGAGAAAGAGGGUGAGGGUGAUCCUACACUGCAAAGGAUUGUGGAUAUCCUGUAUGCAACAGAUGAAGGUUUUGUAAAUCCAGAAGAUGAGGUGGGAGAACCAGAGGAGUUUUGACCAAUCCAGGGGUGACUGUUUUUUAAAAAAUUACCCUGCUGGACACACAAAUGUACAUACUGGCUGAUUCCUGCUGUUGUGCUGCACUUGCCUUUGGUCCAUCAUUUUGGACUUUGACUUUUGAAUGUCUUUUUAUUCAGGGAAGUUCUAUACCUUGAAU